AUGUGCAGAGGAAGAACAGAACAAUGCGUAUCAGAAUCAACAACUGUUUUAAUGGGAUUAAAAGCAAGUUUAAGGGAUGAUACUAAGAUGAGUCCAGCAGAAAAGGUAUAUGGAGAAGCCAUACGAUUGCCUGGAGAUUUUUUUGAGCCGAUGAAGCUAGAAAAUUCCGACAAUAAUAUGUUUGUUCGAGAACUUCGUAGAAAAAUCAAUCAAUUCAUCUUCAAUUCCAAGGAAAGAGCAACAUCAGGGAAAAAUAUUUUUGCUUCCAGAAUUGAAGACUUGUACACAUGUAUCGUCAGUAUAGACCGUUUAAAGCCAGCGUAUGCAAUAAGACACUCCAAAGACCUAGAUGCACCAAAUGAGGAAACAACUUUAGUAAACAAUAGUUCAAAAGUAUCGAGAUUCGGACGACUUAUUAAACCUGUCGUAAGAUUUCCGUUUUAA